AUGGCAUUGGAAUCACCAUACUUCACCAAAUUGAUGGAGUUGAUGGAUUGCAACUUGCAAGUCAAACAAGAUGAUUCAAUUGGAAUGACUAAGAAAGCUGCUACUCCGAUGAGAAAUACAGGCUCUUAUGCUGAGAAUCGUUCAAAAAGAAUUAACGAUCCUAGGCGUUCUAAGGAAUAUGUUGAUUCGAAGACCAAACGUAAUGUGGAUGAGGAUGAUGAUGAAGAGCACCCUGCUGUGGCACCAUCUAUGUGUAGAUACACGAAUGUUAAUGUAAUGCAAGAUAUUAGAGGCAAACUAACAGAUCCACAGAUGGAUAUGUUUAGGAAUUCUUGUUUUGGUAAAUAUCUUAGAAUGCAACAAUUGGAUGUACAAGCACAGAUUUUUCGGUGCUUUAUGGUCAAAGAACUUAGGGGCAGUACAUAUAGGCUUAUGGUUGAGUAUUUUGGUAGAAAUCAGGAGAACCAAUUGCCAGUUAAAAGACACGAGCUUAUUGAGUGUUUCAACAAGACUGUCUGGGAUGAUAAAGAGGAUGACACAGUCAAGAUGGCAAUAUUGUAUUUCAUAAAUACGUGGGUACAUUGUGAUGAGCCGAACUCAACAAACAUACCAAGGAUCCAUUUUGAUGUUGUAGAGGACGGGAGAUAUAAUGAGUAUCCUUGGGGUAAAGAUUCGUUUAGAGAGUUGGUUGUAAGCAUCGGGCAGAAAUAUGCUGGUUUUAAGAAAUAUUAUAGGAUUCAUGGUUUGCCGCUUGCUAUGCAAGUAUGGUUGUAUGAAUGUUGCUCAAAAGUCCCGUCCACCAUUGCAGUUAAGACGGGGAAUUUAAUUCCUAGAAUUUUGAACUGGCGGACUACGGAAGGAAAACCAGAAUUCAAGAGAAUGAUGGAUGGCAUGUUCAGAGACGAUAAAAAUCCGUCUUGUAGAUUUGAGGAAGUUGUGCCAACACCCCAUGAGUUGAAAACUCUUAAAUUGCCUCCUGUUGCACAUGACAUACCAGACGUCAAACAUGGAGUUGAUGGUGUACAUGGUACUGAUUUGGUAGACGAUGAUUACGAUAAUUUUAGUACCACACCACCGCAUCUGUCCAGUGGCAAACAGCAACAAAGGAGUGCCAAUUCUGAUUCCCCGCGAGGCAAGAAACGGACGCAGUUUCCAGUUUCUGUUCCUCCUUCCAGGAAACAACCAUCACGGAAGGAAUCUAGGAUAAAAGGGACAAGGAAACCAGAUGCACCUACAGCACCCCGAACAGAUGAGUUUAAACUGAUAAGGGAAGAGAUUCGGAUUUUCAAGAAAGAAGUGUUUGACUACAUGGAUAACAACUUCAAAAAGUUGUUAGAUGCAAUAAAGGGCAAUCAAACACCAGAUAAGGUCGGCGACACAAUGUUAAAAGCUGACUUACAUAGUGAUGGUGGGAUUUCUCAAGGCAAUCAAAGUGGCGGUGCAGUAAAGCUUUCAACCAAAGAGAAUCAAGGUGGUGGUGCCACUUCCGCGCAGAGGAGUCAUCCAGUGGUUGAGGGAGUUGGGUUGCCAAUUAAUGAUCCGGUUUCUGUUGUUGAUGUGGAUAAAGAAACUGGAGUUAAAAGUGAUGCACAAACAGAUGGAGUGCCCAUAACACCAAUCCAUUUAAAUUUUGAUGAAUCUCAGCAAAUCGGCGAUAUGGAGAAUGCUAAUGCUGAAUUUACCGCAUCAGAGGAAAUGGUAGCGGACUUGCUAAUCAACUGCCCUUUAGCAUGUGUUAUUCCUCUCGGUCCUCCUCCAGUACCACGCGAUGAUCAAACCGAUUUGUCAAGUUUAAGAACUCCUCAGAAUGUGGACAAUAACCCGGUAACCAUCUCUCAGUGGAUGAUUCCUGAUUCUCAGAUAUCAAUCCAACUUGGAGUGCAACCAACAACCGGACAAAGUUCAACUAAUGAAACUGAACAACAAGUUGGAGUACAACCGAUAGUUGGCCACAGUUCAAGCGAUGAAACUGGACAACAAGUUCCCGUACAACCAAAUGCGGGCCAAAGCUCAAGUGGUGAGACUGCACAGUUUUCAAACUUUGAAAAACAGAUCAUUGUCCAUCCAGGUGCUGCCCGAGAAAGGAAACCAAGCAAAUAUAACCUGUCCCCUUAUUGUCCCAAUUUCAACUCAGCGGGUUCUUCUGCCAAAAAUAUCGGUCCUUGCAUUUAUCAGAAAAAACACCCAUUUGUUGACCACCCUAUAAAUGCCCCGUUAGAUACUUCGUUUCUUCAAGAAUAUCAAAAGUGGCUUGAGAAGGAUCUGUUGAAAUCGCAUGACAAAAGGAAGCCAAAUGAAAAUCAUUACAGAAAGAACAAGGAAGGACUCGAUCCUGCGGAUGCCGAACUUCGGUUGCAUUUAGGCGUUACAGCCGUAGCCGACAAAAACUGGUUCUACUUGUUAUCUAUGGAUGGGAAACUUUGGACUGAUGAAGUUGAUGGAGUAGGUUUAGACAUUAAUUUACUAGUUGAGCACAGUACUGUCCAGGGGAAGUAUCACAAUAACAGCAACUAUAGAUUCACCACUGCCAGCUGUAUUUUUCACACUUUAGUUGCUGAAAUUUACAAAUCUUGGGAAAACCCUGAUUCAUCCACAUGUGUCGCCAGUAAGGAAGAUGAACUGUGUGAGUACAUUAACGGGCACAGGCUGUUGGCUAAUGUACCAUGGUAUACUGUUGACAACGUACUAAUUCCUGUCAACAUAAAAGAGGAAAAUCACUGGAUUUUGGUUGUGAUAUCAUUCACUGACAGGUCCAUCUACGUAUACAACUCAUACCGAGCUGCAGGGCAUGAUGCUGUCGUUAGAGUCGGAGUGAAAAUGUUGGCUACUCUAGUGACACAUAGUCUACAAAUGACUGAUUUCUAUGAGAAGAAGGCGGAUAUAGAUUUUGUCACACAUCCUUCUUAUAGAAAUAGAGAACAGACCGACAACUUUGACAUUGUGAAUGUAGACAAUCUCCCGCAACAAGCUCCCUCUAGCAUGGAUUGUGGUGUGUAUGUGGCAGCCUUCGCUGAAUACUUGAGCUCAAGUGCAAUCAUCCCAACCGAAUUCGAUGCAAAGUUACUCCGUAUGAGAUAUGGUGCCCUUUUAUGCGACUAUGCAUGGGAUAAGUCAAACAACAAUGCAUCAAGUGAUAACGAGCAGCCUCCAAGACCAAUUAGACCGGCAGUUGAUUACGAUGCAGUUGAUAAAGAGGAUCUUGAUUAG